AUUUCAUUAACGUUCUGCCAAAGUUAGGCAUAUUCAAAGACACUUUCCCGCUGGCUUUUCCGCUGCCGACAGUUUGAAUAGUAAGUUUGCCUCGGGUUUGUGUUGUUUCGAUAGACCCCACUUUCACUUUGCUCCGAUUGGAAAUAUAGCCUUUAAAUUUAGAGUGGGCUGCCAUUAACGUGCUGACAGCUUCGGCAAGCCCAGCUACCGUCAUGUCUCUUCGUCCAGAGAAGGCCUCUGAGCUGAAGCAAAUCAUUCACAACCAUCUGAUCAAGAUGGAUAUUCAUGGAAAAAUCCGAGAGGUGCUGUCUGAGACCAUGAGGGAGGAUCAAGGUCCAGCACAUCGAGUCCUGUCCGAGGCAGACUUCCUCCACGCACUGCAGCGCAGAGGCAUCAUUGAUGACGUGAUGAAGGACAUACGCUCCUCUCAGGUGCAACACACACACGGAGAAGCAGGAUCUCCUCCAAAAACUGACAAAAACAACAUCCAGCUGACAAAAACCAAUAUUGACCUGUCCAGACGUUACUUGUAUCUGCAAGUGCUUGGUGGUAAAGCCUUCUUGGAGCACCUCCAGGAGCCAGAGCUUUUACCUGGUCAGGUGUGCUCCACGUUCACGUUAUUCCUGCACUUCAAAAAUCAAAGGUUUCACUCUAAACCAGUGCCCUGUGCUUGUGAACCUGACCUGCAAGAGAGCUUCCUCUUCCAUAUCCACACAGAUGGCACAGGAGAAAGCAGUAAGAUGGCAGAUGCAACCACAAUGCUGUCCAUUUGCGACCCAAUUCACUUGGUGCUGAUCAAGACGGACACAUCCAGCGAGACCACACUGGUCUCUUCAUACUUCCUGGACUGGAGGACAGUCCUCAGCUCACCCAGUGGGAAGACCACCUUGGCUGUAGAACUGAUGGGAGUGGGAAGUGAGUGCAAGUUGCCGGCUGGUGUUUUAACGGUCAAUCUAGAGCUGUAUCCUCCUCUCACUGUGACACUGAGUCCUGACAUCAUUAGCACACAGCAAUCACUAGAAAGGCAGAGGACAGCAGAGAAGGAAAGGGCAUUUCUGGUUUAUGCCAAACAGUGGUGGAGGGAGUUUCUUGAAAUCCGGUCAUCAAACGAGUCCAAAAUGGUCAAAAUAUUUGCACAGGAUGAGAAUGGCAUCAACAGACCGGUGUGUUCUUACGUUCGUGUCCUCCGUGCCGGCCGACUGCUGGAGAGCCCUCGGCAGGCAGCCCGCUUCGUCAGCCUCCUGGCACAUGAAAAGGCCCCAGUAGUGGGAGGAGGAGGCAAGCAUGAGCAGUGGUGCACCUUAUUGGCAUUCCUGUGUAGAGGGAAGGGGGACUGUGAGGACCACUCGACCCUGUUGUGCAGCCUCCUGCUGGGUUUUGGCCUUGACGCAUACGUGUGUGUGGGCACCAAAGCAAAGGGGACACCACACACUUGGGUUCUCACCCGAGGUACUGAUGGGAGUAUAACUUUCUGGGAGAGCCUGACUGCACGCAGAUACCUUCAUCAGACCACAGACCCAGACGCCCCACCCCUGGCCUCCCAACCUAAACCUUCGUACCCAUAUCGUACUGUGGGCUGUGUCUUCAACCACCAAAGCUUUCUGGCAAACUGUCAGCCCUCUGACUCUGUGGAGCUCUGCGUCUUUGACCUCCAGAACCUAUCGCGGUGGAAAGCAAUGAGUGAAGAGGCUCUGAAGUCUGUCUGUGAUUCUGGCGCCAUCAGCUCCCUGCCACCUCUGCCUCCACUCAGGUCCUCAUCUCUUGUUGCUUCUACCGCCAGCAAUCAGCUGGAGCUGGAGAUGAGGCACUUGAUCUCCGAGCACAGGAAGGACUUGAGCUUUACAACAGUCUGGGACGACAACCUGUGCUACCUGUUGUCCUCAGCCUUAUCAGCCUAUGAGAUGGAGCGCUGCAAUGGGCUCUCGUGUGGAAAUGAAGAAUUCCAAGACGCAGUAAGGCGAGCGGUGCCGGACGGGCAUACUUUUAAAGGCUUUCCCAUCCACUUUCUGCACCGCAAUGCCCGUAGAGCCUUUGCCACCUGCCUCAAGUCCCCGUUCUGUGAGGAGAUAGUGUGUUGCCGUGGUGACCAUGUGAGGCUGGCUGUUCGUGUUAGAAUAUUUAUUUAUCCAGAGAAUGUAUGUGCCGUGUGGUUCAUGUUCGCUUGUAAGUAUCGCUCUGUUCUCUGACCUCAAGUGGAUCUGUGCUGUGCCCACUUAUUUUUUUUUUUUUAAGAAAAUAUUUACAAUAUUAUGAAAGAAAAAGUCACCGUUACAGUAAUGACUUUGUUCCAAUCCAGGUAGGUUUUUGUAAACUUGUUUAUAUUGCAGUGGAAUAAACUCAUUAGUAA